UGUGACUUCAUUCUAUCCGCAUGACGCGGUUCAAGCCACGGCAUUUCGUUGCACCAGUUGCUGCAUUUGGCAUGGCCCUUACGUUGGGGUUUUACGUCAGAAGUAGCAUACGUCGUGCCAAGUGGGAAUCCCAAUACGAGAGACGCCGUCGCGGCGAACACUGGCACCAUAAUGGAGAACAAGCCAAUGUCCAAAGCUUACCUGAUAACGGUCGGUUGGGAGUGUCAUCGGAAACAGCAAGUCCACAUCCUACAUCCGUUGCGGAUCCCAGUAGCAAGACUGGGUCGUCCUGAUUCGUUGUCUCUGGCGUGCUGCCAAGGCUGGGCUCACACUUGCUUUGGACCUCAGUAUAUGCAGCCGAUUGGCCCAAGACAUCAUUAACGUCAUGAAG